AGCUCCAACGCCGCCGGACGCCGAGAUUGGAAACGAUCGACAUCCCUUCAUACACGUGUCAUCAUCGCAGCGCCGAUAUGAUGAGGACGGAGCGCGCUGCUGGGAGCGCCGCAGCCGGCGAGCGGCGGUACAGGGGGGUGCGGAAGCGGAAGUGGGGCCGGUGGGUGUCGGAGAUCCGGCUUCCCAACAGCCGGGAGAGGAUCUGGCUGGGGUCUUACGACUCGCCGGACAAGGCGGCGCGGGCUUUUGACGCUGCUGUCGUCUGCCUCCGCGGCCGCCGGGGCCGCCUCAACUUCCCCGACUCGCCGCCCCGGAUCGCCGGCGGCCAGUCGCUCGGCCCCCGCCAGAUCCAGGGCCUCGCCGCCCACCACGCCCACAAAGCCGACUCUGAUGCCGCCGCCAUCGCCGCAGACGCACCGGCGCCGAAGAUGUCGCCGUCGGAGACGGCGGACGCUCUCACGGCGGAGAGCGAGGGCGUGGUCGACUGGUCGUUCAUGGACAUGCUGUCGUCGCCGGAUGGAGUCGGGAUGGAUUUCCCGCCAGCAGUGGCGGAGGCGGCAAUGGAUGACUUCUCUUACGAUUUCUUCCCGCCGGCGACGGCCCCGCCGGAUGUGGCGGAGGACAAUGGGGGGGUAGGUUUCUGCGCGAAUUCGUUUUUGUGGAGCUUCUGAGGGAUUCUCUUACGAGCUCUUAUUCGUUUAUUUAUUCGUUUAAAAUAAUUCUUUAUUUUUUCGGGGGGGAUUAAAAUAAUUCUUCUAUUCUUUUUAAGGGGAAUUGGGGGAUCCGACGGCGAAUUUUUGCAGCCGAGGGAUUCUCUGGCCGCUUGCCGGCAUUUUUGAAUCCGGCGGCGACAGGGUUCAAUUACUUUGUUCUCACAAGAAUCAAGAUGUAUGUCUCGAGAGAUAAUUCUAAAGGAAUGUAAAGAUUCAAAAUAUUGCUAAA